AUCAGAGAAUAAGAACUUCAGAGGAAGGAAUGCAACUUCAUAAAUAGCAAACCACAGACAUUAAUGGGGAGCAGAGGCAAACCUGCAGGUUAAAAAUUCGUUGCAAGAGAAGCCAUACAUCCACACUGCCUGGAGAUUCAAAGAUGAUUUCAGCUCUAGCGUUUGUUUUUCUCCUCUGCCUCUCUUGUCCUUUUUCAUCAUGUCAGCAGAGAAGAGCAGGAGGUGAAAUUGGGCCAGAAAUGCUGGAAGAGAUGAGAGAAACUAACCGUGUGCUAAUGGAAGUUCGAGACUUGUUGAAACAGCAGAUUAAGGAGAUUACAUUCCUGAAGAAUACAGUCAUGGAGUGUGAUGCCUGUGGCAUGCACACCGAGGCGACAGGCCGUCUCAUCACCGUGACACAGUUUAACAGAUGCCUCCCAAACCCCUGCUUCCCUGGAGUGGCUUGCACUGAGACCGGCACUGGCUUCCGCUGCGGACCCUGUCCCCCGGGUUAUUCAGGCAAUGGGUCCCAGUGCACAGAUAUCAAUGAGUGCAAUGCAAACCCCUGCUUCCCGAAGGUCCAGUGCAUUAACACCGCUCCUGGCUUCCGCUGUGAUCCGUGCCCUCCUGGCUUCACUGGGCAAAUGGUCGAAGGGGUUGGACUAGCUUAUGCCAGGGCCAACAAACAGGUUUGUACUGACAUCAAUGAAUGCGAGACAGGUGCCGCCAGAAAUUGUGUCCCAAACUCUAUCUGCAUCAAUACACGGGGAUCCUACAAGUGCGGGGCUUGUAAACCUGGCUUUGUUGGGGAUCAAGUCACUGGCUGCAAGAGCCAGACAGUGAGACGCUGUCCUAAUGGUGAAAUUAGUCCAUGCCACGAGAAAGCACAGUGCAUCGUGGAGCGCGACGGGUCCAUCUCCUGCGUGUGCCUCGUGGGGUGGGCAGGGAACGGCUAUAUCUGUGGGAAGGAUACGGACAUUGAUGGAGUCCCUGAUGAGAAGCAACGCUGCUCUGACAAAAAAUGCCGCAAGGAUAACUGCGUGACUGUCCCCAACUCUGGCCAGGAGGAUGCAGACAGGGAUGGAAUCGGAGAUGCUUGUGACGAUGAUGCUGACGGAGAUGGGAUAUUAAAUGCUGAGGACAACUGUGUGUACACACGCAACGCGGACCAGCGCAACGUGGACAAGGAUAACUUUGGUGAUGCCUGUGACAACUGUCGCCAAGUGAAGAACAACGAUCAACGGGACAUUGAUGGCGAUGGGAAGGGAGAUGAGUGUGACGAUGACAUGGAUGGAGAUGGGAUCAAAAACACAAUGGACAACUGUAAAAGAGUUCCUAACACUGAUCAAAAAGAUGGCGAUGGUGAUGGAGUAGGAGAUGUGUGUGACAGCUGCCCAACAAUCAGUAACCCAGACCAGAAAGAUACCGAUCAUGAUCUAGUGGGAGAUGUCUGUGACACCAACCAGGACAGUGAUGGGGAUGGCCACCAAGAUACACGGGAUAACUGCCCAUCAGUGCCCAACAGCUCCCAGGUGGACACAGACAAUGACGGGCUGGGAGAUGAAUGUGAUGAUGACGACGACAAUGAUGGGAUUCCAGAUGAGAAACCUCCAGGCCCUGACAACUGUCGGCUUGUCCCUAACCCUGGCCAAGAAGACUCAGACAGUGAUGGUGUGGGAAACCUUUGUGAAGAUGACUUUGACAGAGACACGGUGAUUGACAGAAUUGAUGUGUGCCCAGAGAACGCAGAAGUGACACUAACAGACUUCAGGGCUUUCCAGACGGUUGUAUUGGACCCCGAGGGUGAUGCACAAAUUGACCCCAACUGGAUUGUCCUCAACCAGGGCAUGGAAAUUGUCCAGACCAUGAACAGCGAUCCUGGCCUGGCCGUAGGUUACACGGCAUUCAAUGGAGUGGACUUUGAGGGCACAUUCCAUGUCAACACUGCCACAGAUGAUGAUUAUGCUGGCUUCAUAUUUGGCUACCAGGACAGUUCCAGCUUUUAUGUGGUCAUGUGGAAGCAGAUGGAACAGACAUAUUGGCAGGCCAACCCCUUCCGAGCAGUAGCAGAACCUGGAAUUCAACUGAAGGCAGUGAAGUCUAAAACAGGCCCAGGUGAGUAUCUCCGCAAUUCUCUCUGGCACACCGGAGACACCACAGACCAGGUCAAACUGCUGUGGAAAGACCCUCGCAAUUCUGGCUGGAAGGACAAGACAUCUUACCGCUGGUUCCUGCAACAUCGGCCUCAAGUCGGAUACAUCAGAGCUCGCUUUUAUGAAGGCUCUGAAGUAGUAGCAGACACUGGAGUUGUCCUUGACACAACUAUGCGAGGAGGACGCCUGGGAGUCUUCUGCUUCUCCCAAGAGAACAUUAUUUGGUCAAACCUGCGUUAUCGCUGCAAUGACACCAUUCCAGAAGACUAUGAAACAUUUAGAGUUCAGCAAGACUAACCUGAUUUCAACGUCUGUCCAGCCAAACUUGCUUUACAAAACGUGCUCAGCUGCCCCACUAUUGCUCUGGUAUACUGUAUAAAGAACUGUAAGUAACGUACCACUGCACUCUGCACAGCACCAAGUGUCAAUGCAUUAUCUGGCGUCUUUUCUACAACAGCAACUUUCUUUAAAUGCUACGAAAACCUAUUGGAACGGCAGAUGUGUAGACAGCAAGUGUGACUAGAAGCCUGUAAACACUAGUUCUCUACGCUACAUGGAAAAAGAUGUGCUGAGAAGCUACCUGCAGUAGCUGGAAUUGUUCGAGUAAGUUUAGCGUGGAUGAUUCCCAGGAAUCUUUUCCCUACUCAAAGGCUCUCAAGUGUGAAUGUUGUUUUCCUUUUCAAGACCGACUGCAAAGCAAACCCAGCACUAGUCUGAAAAGGACACGGAGAGCAGCCUAGGUACAAGUUGCUCACAAAACAUUAAAAAGAGCACUUUAAGGAGAGUAUCUUUGUUCUGGAAUGUUGGAUAAUAAAUACUUGGAAUGUUGGAUAAUAAAUACUAGACUUCUCCUUGGUCACGUG